GACGUUUGCACGUUACAUUUUUCCUCCUUUUUUACUUCACUAUUAGCGAAGCUAUUCGGGGGAAGCGAGGAGACUGAAGGAGCAAAGAAGUAAGCCUGGAAUUUAUCUCGCCCGUUAAAAUAGGAAACGAAGAGAACUUCUCCUCUCAUCGCAUGCUCCUCGUGCAUUCCUCCACAGAGUGCUUGAGAUAUAAUGGAAACUGAACGAUGAGGAGUUUGCUGCUGGACGGCAGCUGACGGACUGAACCAUGGCUCAGUUUCCCAUGCCCUUCGGAGGGGGUUCCGAUACAUGGGUAAUAUCUGUGGAUGAGAGAGCCAAACAUGACCAGCAGUUCCACAGUUUGGCCCCCACAUCUGCUGGCUUCAUCACAGGUGACCAGGCCAGGAAUUUCUUCCUCCAGUCAGGCUUAUCUGCUCCCAUCCUCGCCCAGAUAUGGGCUCUGGCUGACAUGAACAACGAUGGGAAGAUGGACAUGCAUGAAUUUUCCAUCGCCAUGAAGCUGAUUAAACUGAAGCUGCAGGGUCACCCCCUCCCUCCUUCCCUGCCGCCCUCCAUGAAGCAGCAGCCCCUCUCCAUACCCCCACAGCCUCCCUUUGGAAUGCCCAGUAUGGGUACCAUGCCAGGCCUGCCAGCAGUGCCACCCAUGCCCUUGCCCCCUCUGCCAGCGGGUGUGCCAGGGAUGGGUGUGUCUCCUCCUCUGGUGGCAUCAGUAACCCCACCCGUACCAUCCCUGGCCAAUGGCGCACCUGCUGUUAUACAAACUAUUACUGGAUUUUCCCAUCCAUCUGCUGGACUCAACAAAACCUCUUCGUUCAACCGUUCCAGUAUCAAGCUACAGAAGGGCCAGUCUGUAGAGGCACCCAGUGUUCCGACAGCUCCUCCUACAGACUGGGCUGUGCCUCAGUCCUCUCGGCUCAAGUACCGGCAGCUCUUUAACAGCCACGACAAAAUGAUGAGUGGUUAUCUCACAGGUCCACAGGCCAGAACUAUUCUAAUGCAGUCCAGUCUACCGCAGGCCCAGCUGGCCACCAUCUGGAACCUGUCAGAUAUAGACCAGGAUGGAAAGUUGACUGCGGAGGAGUUUAUUCUGGCCAUGCACUUGAUUGACAUGGCCAUGUAUGGUCUGCCCCUCCCCCCUUUACUACCACCUGACCUCAUACCUCCAACAUUCAGAAGAAUGCGCUCUGGUAGUGGAGUGUCUGUGACCAGUAUGCUCUCGACAGACCUACGGUCACAGGAAGAGCCCGAGGAGGAGGAGAAAGAGCCAGAGAAAAGACUUCCAGUCACAUUUGAAGAUAAGAAACGUGAGAACUUUGAGCGGGGAAACCUUGAGCUGGAGAAACGUCGGCAGGCGCUACUGGAACAGCAGAGGAAAGAGCAAGAGAGAUUGGCAGCACUAGAGAAAGAGGAGCAGGAGAGGAGAGAGAGAGAGCGACUGGAACAGGAGAGACGCAGACAACAGGAGCUGGACAAACAGCUGGAGAGACAGAGAGAGCUGGAGAGACAGAGGGAGGAGGAGAGACGCAAGGAGAUUGAGAGAAGAGAGGCUGCUAAGCGUGAACUGGAGCGUCAGCGUCAGUUAGAGUGGGAGAGAACACGGCGACAGGAGCUGCUCACUCAGAGAAACAGAGAGCAGGAGAACAUCGUCCUGCUCAAAGCCCGCAAGAAAACACUCGAGUUUGAACUGGAGGCUCUGAAUGAUAAGAAGUCUCAAUUGGAGGGUAAACUCCAGGACAUUAGUUUCCGACUUUCGGCCCAAAGACACGAGAUCGAGAGCACCAAUAAGACCCGAGAGCUCCGCAUUGCUGAAAUCACCUGCCUGCAACAGCAGCUGCAGGAGUCUCAGCAGUGGUUGAGCAGGUUGAUUCCUGAUAAACAGUGUCUGAAUGACCAGCUGAAGCAGGUUCAGCAGAAUAGUCUGCACAGAGACUCCUUGUCUAGUCUUCAGAGAGCCAUAGAAAUGAAGGAAUCAACCAAACAACAGUUGCGAGAACAGCUGGAUGCUGUGGAGAAGGAGACGCGGUCCAAACUACUUGAGAUAGAUGCCUUCAACACACAGCUGAAGGAGCUGAGAGAAAUCCACAACAAACAGCAGAGGCAGAAACAAAAGGAGCUGGAGGCUGAUAUCACCCAGCCGUCACUUGACAGGAAGUCCGCAGAGCUACAAGAGUCCAGGUUGUCCGGAACAGAUGAGGGUGUGUCUCCGGCGUGGAGAGAUGAUGGUGUGCGUAAAGUUCCCACUCCUCCCGUGUCUAAGGCGUGGAUGAACCGAGUGAGUGAAGAAGAGAACAACAGCAGAUCUGACAAACAGGAUAAUCUCUCUAAACUCUUCAUACAGCAGCCGGGCAAACUGCAGGGCCAGUCCCCUUGGUCUAUGGCAGACAAGCUCCCGGUGUCUGGUUUUAACCAGGAGAAGGUAAAGGUGGUCUACUACAGAGCACUGUACCCCUUCGAGGCCCGCAGUCAUGAUGAAAUCACCAUCCAUCCUGGAGACAUAGUGAUGGUGAAAGGGGAGUGGGUAGACGAGUCUCAGACAGGUGAACCUGGAUGGUUAGGAGGAGAGAUUAAAGGGAAGACUGGCUGGUUCCCUGCCAAUUAUGCGGAGAAGAUCCCAGAAACGGAAGUUCCUCUAAGUCUGAAGGCCAGCUCUGCGUCUUGCUCCGCUCCUAAAUUAGUGUCUCAUUUGACAUCCACGUCCUCGUCAACUACAGCCGCACCCAUUCAGCCGAUCUCCACAGACCCUGCAUCAAUAGCCCCGCCCUCUUCAGCCACAGCCCCUCCAGGCCCCGCCUCCUCGUCCUCAACAUCCAGUAACUGGGCAGAUUUCAACACUACAUGGCCAUCUAACUCUGCUGUGGAGAAGCAGGAUAGCGACGGCUGGGACAUGUGGCCGACUCAGCCUACUCAACCCUCACAGCCGUCCCUGUCCGUGCCCAGUGGAGGACAGAUGAGACAGCGCUCUGCUUUCACUCCCGCUACUCUCUCUGGCUCCUCACCCUCACCUGUACUCGGACAGGGCGAGAAGGUGGAGGGUCUGCAGGCGCAGGCUUUGUACCCAUGGAGGGCAAAGAAAGACAAUCACUUGAACUUCAACAAGAGUGAUGUGAUCACCGUACUGGAGCAGCAGGAUAUGUGGUGGUUCGGGGAGGUGCAGGGACAGAGAGGAUGGUUCCCCAAAUCGUACGUCAAACUCAUCUCUGGGCCCGUCCGGAAAUCUAUGAGUAUUGAGUCUGGGUCCUCAGACAGCCCUCCCAGUGUUAAGAGACCCAUUCCCUCUCCGAUCAAACCCACGGAUCUCGGAGAAGAGUAUGUGGCCAUGUAUACAUAUGAAAGCAGUGAGCAGGGUGACCUGACCUUCCAGCAGGGUGAUGUCAUCACAGUCACAAAAAAAGAAGGAGAUUGGUGGACCGGCACAGUGAGCGGGAAGACUGGAGUCUUCCCCUCCAAUUAUGUCAGACCUAAGGAAUCUGAGGGUUUGGGAUCUGCUGGGAAAACGGGAAGUUUAGGGAAGAAACCAGAGAUUGCCCAGGUGAUUGCCCCUUACACAGCCACUGGGGCUGAGCAGCUCACUUUGGCACCUGGCCAGCUCAUUCUCAUUCGCAAGAAAAACCCAGGAGGCUGGUGGGAAGGAGAACUUCAGGCAAGAGGAAAGAAGCGUCAGAUUGGCUGGUUUCCAGCUAAUUAUGUGAAAUUAUUGAGCCCCAGCACCAGUAAGACCACACCCACAGAGCCCAACCCACCCAAGCUGUCAACACCCAAUGCAGUGUGCCAGGUGAUUGGCAUGUAUGACUACACGGCUCAAAACGAUGACGAGCUGCCUUUCGGAAAGGGCCAAAUCAUCAACGUGUUGAGCAGAGAGGAUCCUGAUUGGUGGAAAGGAGAACUGAACGGUUCUGUCGGCCUUUUUCCGUCAAAUUACGUCAAGCUGACCACCGACACGGACCCCAGCCAACAAUGACUCUUAUGUUGCCCAUAUCCCACUCAGCCUUGAAAGUCCUCAAAGCGACCCACUAUCCCUUAAACUGUGCCCAGCGGGAUGAUGGGAGAUGGAACAUUGAUCAUGUGACUGCCCCCCCAGCUGGCUUUGUGGCCAGAAGAGAUGAAUACUACAGAGAGCAUUAACCACAUUAUUCAGAACCAUAGACAUUCGGCAAAAUUGCCAGCCAGCAUCCUCCGCAUUUAAGCAUUUGAAUAAACAAGAAUGCCUAAUAUUUGAAGGAUUUCUUCUUUUUUACAAAUUCAUGAAAUUAACCAUUCACACUGAAUUUGUAUAAUGAAUUGAAACACUAAUCAAAUGAAAGUGCUGGAUAGUGGGUCCUUUUGUGGCUUUCUGUGAUAUAGUACCAAAGCCCCGCCUCUGUAGGUAAAAAGCAGUUUUGAAGCGACCAAUCGAAACAGUUGCAUUCAGUGUUAAGUUCCACCACUCCAUCUAACUUAUGCGCACGUUUUGCUCCUUCAAGCCCUGCCCCUACUCCUAACACCCCCCCCCCCCCCCAAAUUCAUCAUUAGAUCACAGCACCACAGAAUGACCCACUAUUCAUGAGUCAUGACGAAACAGGGUGCAGCAUCAAACGUGUGUCAUAACUGUCCUGCUUAUUAGUGUCACUGCAGACUCAUCAGGGCUCUGAUAUGUGGGUUUGAGACGUAGCGACGUGUACGGCAUAUCCGACCAAAUUCAAUAUGAAGAUUUCCCAUUAAAUGUCAUACUUAUCGUCUUUUGGGAUGCGAAAAUAUGUCUAUUCAAAACAAGUCACAAGAAGUGCUCUUUAAAACAAAUAUAUGACAUUUUACGUGUCCCCAAAUGGUCGGAUAUGUCUGGACUUCAUGUAGAAUACUAUUGUGUGUCAUUCAGAGCAACCCGCUCCCCCAUCCCUCCAGUACACACAGGUGCUGUCAGUCAAUUUGACGGACAGGAUGGACUUUCAUCCGUUCAUCCAGUCCAGUCACAUGCCUCUCCGUGUCAUUGUUUGUUACAUGUUCAUACCAAAACAGUGAAUGAAUAAGAGUUGUUGUGUGCUUGCCGGUUUUUUAUUUUAUAUAUAUGUUUGUUUCGUUGUGUCUGUGUGACGGGGUUGAGAAUUUGUGUUGCAAACCAAAAAAUAACUGCACAACUGCCACUUAAAGAUAAUGGUACAGUGAAAGACAAAUGUACGUAUUGGGAGUUACGCAUGUGUGAAGGGUUCCCUCACCUGUUCAGAAGAAUGAUUGGGGUUUCUGAGGGUUAAAUGUUAAUUUCCUGUAUAAUUGUAUUUCCCAUGCAGAUGAAUGAAUGCUUUUGUUUUGUUAAUCUUUUAUUGUUUACUGUCCUUAUGUUGAUUGAAUUUGCAAUUAUUUUUUAAAUAUUAAUGUUGAUUUGAAGAACACUAUAUUUCAAGUUGUUCUUAAUACAACAGCUCACUAUUUUUAUAAUGAUCAAAAAUUGUUAUGCAUAGUAUUUUAAAAAAAUAUCCACUGUAGUAUGUAGGAAAACAUCCCUUUCUGGAAAACAUACAAAUGAAAGUACAAGUAGUGAGUAGAGAACAUUUAUGAAAUCACCAAAUUCUGUGAACAAAAACCAAAAAAAUUGAUAACUUUCAUCUUUUUGAUGGAUUUUGAAAUUCAUCAUGCUUUGACUAAAACCAUAUUGAACUGAGCAAACAGCAUCAAGGAAAAAUAAAUAGUGUACUUGAAUAAUACCCAUCUAAUCACAAAUGCUUAUGAAUAAAUAGAAGUUUACAAGUGAAAGAAGAGACUGGAAUUUUCUUUUAAAUGUAAGAACAAGAAUCUUUGGGCUGGUCAUUUUAGGGCCACUAGAUCACCACAUUUUCUGCUUGUUAGAAAAAGCAUGGCAUUAAUUUAUACUCCAACGAAAUUGUACAAACAACAUGAGUGCUGAUUUUCUUCUUUUUCUUUUUUUAUCAUAACAGUAUUGUAAUUUUAGUGCUUAGAAACAAAGAUAUGAAAUUCCCAUCCAAGUUUAUUCCAUAUCUGUGUGGUUCCUUAUGUUCAACCUUGCAAAAGUAUUGGAGGUUUGCUGCUUUAUUAUUGACUGGAUGGACUGUCCAUCAUGUCCAUGGUCAGUCUGUUGGAGGGUUUUCUUUUGUUUUUAUUUGAAAAAAAAACUGUAAGCAUUCUUGGACUAUAGAAGCACAAAUGCUUCCUUCCCAUCCAAUAACUUCAAUACUAUGUAAGAAUGCAUCUGUUCCGAAUCUCUCACAACAGUGUCCAAAACAUUUACUAUUGUAUUUGGUUAUUAAAGCAUUUUAUCAAACAUAAAAAUGAAUGUACAGGUAAAAACUCAACUAUAUACAACAUCUCCUAGCUUUAAAGAAAGUGUCAUGCCACCUUUAUAAAAAAUAAAUGAUGUGUAACCAUUAAAGAAAUCCAUGGCAACUGCA